ACCCCCAAACAAACCCCCAAAAGUGGUCGCGCUCGAAUCAGAACCAACUGCAGUUACCUACUCUUAUUCAUGAUGGAGGGAGGAAGGAGGAAAGGAAGAAAGGAGGGGUUGACCAGGUUAUUUCAUCGCUCUUGCCCCUCAUUGCAACGCCAUGAGGGGUGAGCUUCCCAUCCAGUGGGGGUUCCUCCUUCCCAGGUUAUGAAGAGGAGAAACCACGAGGUUUAUAAAUCGUCAUGAUGCCCCAAUUGUGCCAUUAACUCUUACCUCGUCUGUUUCCCUCUUCUUUCCUCUCCAUAUACCCUCAUCUUAUAUACACCUAUACAUCAUGUCUGUCCCCGACAAGUUCCAGGGCUUCCAGUCCCCCAGCGCCGAGCACUGGACCGACUUCCAGAAGAACUCAUUCGAGCCUCGUCCCUUUGGUGAAUACGAUGUCGACAUCAAGGUUGAGUGCUGCGGUGUUUGCGCCAGUGAUCGCCACACCAUCAGCGGAGACUGGGGUGCCUGCCCUUACCCUCUUGCUGUCGGCCACGAGGUUGUCGGCAAGGUCCUCCGUGUAGGCGACAAGGUCACUCUCGCCAAGGUUGGAGACCGUGUCGGCGCCGGUGCCCAGGUUUGGUCCUGUAUGGACUGCCGUCAGUGCAAGAAUGACAACGAGACCUACUGCAAGGACCAGAUUGACGCCUAUGGCGCUGAUUACCUUGACACCGGAUUCAAGACCCAGGGUGGUUACUCUUCCCACAGCCGAGUGCAUGAGUACUGGGUCUACCCCAUCCCCGAGGCUCUGUCAAGCACCCAAGCUGCUCCCAUGCUCUGCGCCGGUAUCACCGUAUACAGCCCUCUGAAGCGUCUCGGCGCCGGUCCUGGAAAGAAGGUCGGUAUCGUCGGUAUCGGUGGUCUCGGUCACUACGGUGUCAUCUUCGCCAAGGCUCUGGGUGCCGAAGUCUGGGCCAUCUCCCGCUCGCGAGCCAAGGAGGAGGAUGCCCGCAAGAUGGGCGCCGACGGUUUCCUGGCCACGGGUGAGAAGAACUGGACCGAGGGCCACAAGAUGACAUUUGACAUCAUCAUCAACACCGCUACCUCGUUCGAUGGCUUCGCUCUCAGCGAGUACCUCAGCCUCCUCGAUAUUCACGGCCACUGGAACUCGGUCGGUCUGCCUGGUGGCGACGGAAUCGAGAUCCGCAACCAGGACUUUAUUACCAACGGUUGCUACAUCGGCACGUCUCACUUGGGAAGCCGACGUGAGAUGCUCGAGAUGCUUCAGCUCGCUGCUGACAAGGGUCUCAAGUCAUGGAUUGAGGAGAUCCCCAUCUCCACCAAGGGUCUUCAGCAGGCCAUGCAGGCUUUGGAGAAGAGCUCUGUUCGUUACCGAUCUUGCAUGACAAACUACGAUGAGGCCUUUGGUGCUUGA